GUAUACACACCUCCGGAUAUUUAAUACUCAUCGAGUUUAUGUUGACAUUGGAGUCCGACUUAGCAUGUAACAAUAAUUUAGGGUCUUUUCAGAGAAAAAGGAGUGUAAGCUAUUUGUAGGAGUUUGGAUUUUAAUACAUACGUGUUAUGAUAAGAAAGAGCUCUAGAAAAGGGUUGCUUUUCUUUUGUUGACGCGUUUCGUUGUACACAGACAUUUUUGUUUUUCACGGUAUUAGCCGACUGCUCGUCUUCGCGGUAUCCCGAUGUAUAAAUACCUUCGUGACUUAAAAUUAUUACACAGAAGUCUGACAAUUUCAGGAACAAACUUUGAGAGGUUGUUCCAUGCGGUUCCCUCCUUAUGUAGAAGAACACCAGCCCAUUAUUACAGUCGAAUUUCCUCGUCGAUCCUCAAUCCUGCCAACCAAGUCCAUCGAUUCCAUGUUCGCUUCAUCAGCAGUAUUGUACACGAAGCUCUACAGCAUGUAGAACACUCUGAUGCAGAAUGGAAUAUUGACCAGUUUGAGGAUCGUUUGUUUGAAAUUCUCAGUGAUCCAAAUGGAAGAGUAUCUGUCGCCAAAUUUAAAUCUAUGCUGGCAUUUUCUGGUUUAAGAGACACAGAUCCUCGACUCAAAGAAUGUAUGACAAAUUUUGAGAACGUUCUUCAGUUAAACCAGCCGGACCAUGACUCAAAGAACACAGAUUACUAUGGCGGCUUGUCCGUGGAUAAAAAAACCUUCAAAGAAUGUAUUCAAGACAAUAUCAUCCUCAUCAGCAAAUCCUUGAAAAAUGACUUCAUCAUUCCAGAAUGGCAAAACUUCAAGCAGGAGAUUGACAAAAUCUACAGAAACUGUCGGAACAACACAAACGGAAAUGUGGCUUCCUACAUUCCACAGUUGGCCAGAUAUAGCCCUGACUUCUGGGGAGUGUCUGUUUGCAGUGUUGAUGGUCAAAGGUAUUCCAGUGGUGACACCAAUGUUCCCUUCUCCCUCCAGUCCUGCAGUAAACCCCUGACUUACUGCAUGGUGCAGAGCAAUGACGACAACAUUGAGCGGGUCCAUAAAUACGUUGGCCAUGAGCCAAGUGGGAGGAGCUUUAAUGAGAUUUCACUGGAUUAUCAAAAGAAACCACACAACCCAAUGAUAAACUCUGGAGCUAUCAUUGUCAGCUCACUCCUGAAACCAGAGCUAGCCCUCCCUGAUCGCUUCGACUGGACUACCAAAAUGUUGUCUAAAAUGACAGGAGGUGAACAUCUAUCUUUCAACAAUGCAGUAUUUUUAUCAGAACGAGAAACGGCCGACAGAAAUUUUGCCCUGGCAUACUACAUGAGAGAAAACAAGUGCUUCCCAGAAGGGACAAAAUUACAUGAGGUGCUUGACUUCUAUUUCCAACUGUGCUCCAUUGAAGUGACCUGUGAGUCAGCCUCGGUCAUUGCUGCUACCCUCGCUAAUGGCGGGAUCUGUCCAAUGACGGGGGAGAAGGUAUUCAACUCGGCCGCCGUCAGAAACACUCUCUCCCUGAUGCACUCAUGUGGAAUGUAUGACUACUCUGGAGAAUUUGCUUUCAGGGUUGGACUUCCAGCUAAAUCCGGUGUAUCUGGGACAGUUCUGUUGGUGGUGCCAAAUAUAAUGGGCAUCUGUUUGUGGUCCCCGCCGCUAGAUAUGUGGGGUAACAGCUGUAGAGGCAUCCAGUUCUGUCAGGAACUAGUGAAUGUCUACAACUUCCAUAACUAUGACAAUCUUAAGCACACAGAGAAGAAGAUGGACCCCACUCGCCUCCGAAUAGACACACUCUCUCAGGAUGUUGUGAACAUUCUGUUUGGAGCAUUCAAUGGAGAUGUAUCGGCAUUAAGGAGGUACUAUUUGCUUGGAUUAGACAUGAACAUUGCAGACUAUGAUGGCAGAACAGCGUUACAUGUAGCGGCCGCGGAGGGUCAGGAGCAAGCUGUUCGCUUCCUGUUGGAGAUGUGUAACGUCAACGUUUACACCAAAGACAGGUGGGGGUUCACUCCCUUGGAGGAAGCAGAGAGAUUUGAACAUCCGGAGGUAGCCAAGCUACUGAUCAGCUCCAUGAAGAAAAUGGAGCAUCCAGAGACAGAUUAAACAGACAGUAAAUUAUUUUUCAAAAUGUACUCUGUACAUGAAAUGGCUGCUCAUAAGCUUUGGACAGGGGAGUGAUGAUUCCACCAGAAAAAGACAAACAAAGGGAUGGAAAUACUUGUACUAAUUAUACAAAAUUAACAACAGUAAUAUAUAGGUAUUAUAUAGGUCUGUACUAAGUAUACAGGUUAGAUUUAUUUUCUGUCAGUGUGUACUUUUUCAAAAAGCAAUUUUGUUAUUUAGCAAUAACAAUAUACCGGUAUUAGUUAACUCUAUGCAUAUUUGAAUGGGCGUAACGUAUUUAUUUUGUAUUGAAUCUCAUAUUAUUUGUCUGAUAGGCAUUGUUAGUUUGAUAUCUGCUUGAAUACUCAGUAUGCUGUAUCAAGGGUUAUAUUACUUGAACGAUUUUUUUGUUAAUAUUCUACUUGGUUUUAUUUGGUCUUUUGUGAUGUUGAAUUUGCUCAACAUGAGAUUUGUCUCUCGAAAAAAGCUAAGAACAUUUGACAUUGUGAAAAAACAAAUCUAUAAAACUCAUUUUAUUAUUUUUCUUUAAGAAAUUACAAUUCUUGUUUACAUUAUGUUUUUUUUUUUUUCAGUUAAUACAGAUACUCGCAUCAUUUUGUAUUGAAUUUUAUAAUGGUGUAAAUCAAUAAUUUUUUUUAAGUAUUAUAUAAUUUAUUUGCUUAUUAGAAAUAAUUAUAAAGUUAAGACAGAGUAAUAAGGAAUGCAUUAUGUGUUGCUGUUGUUUAUCUUUUUAAUGUUUGAAGUAGCUGUUGGAAUAUUUUUAUUUGAUACCUCCUAAAACUCGAGUGGUAUACAAUAUAAUGUAGAUACCAAUAGUGAUAUAGUGAGUUUUCUGCCAUUUUUACUCGCGUUUGGUUUUUAUUUUUCUGGUAGGUGUUCAUUACAGAUGAAUAAUUUACUGCAUUACGACAGAUUUACUUUAUUGUGUUUUAUUGGUUUAUAAUAAAAUGAAUUUUAAAAAUCUUA